GAGUUUUCCAGAAAAUUAUUCCUCUGUCGAUGCGACAUCGUUUGCUUUCCAUACCUUCCCCCUGAAACCCUCUCUAAAACCCUAAUCCCAAUUCGCAACUCACAACAGUCCAAGCUAGAGCAAGCAUUCCCUCACUUACCACCAUUGCCAAACUCAAUCUCCCAAUGGCACUAACGCGAUUCUUCGCAAUCUUUAACAGAACCCAAAGCCUCAUAGCAAAUGCAGUCUUGAGAACAAGAUACUGCAGCAGCGCAAGCAAUGACCUCUUUUCAAUAAUAAGUCCCCUUGGUCACCCAGAUAUCAGUUUGGUUCCAGUACUUGAUAAGUGGGCUGAAGAGGGCAGGAAGAUCAAAGGCUUCGAACUCCAAAGAAUUGUCAAAGACCUCCGUGCCCGCAGGCGGUACAGGCAAGCUCUUGAGGUUUCUGAAUGGAUGAGUGGCAAGGUAGGCAAUACAUUCUCACCAGGUGACCGUGCUGUGCAAUUGGAUCUGAUUGGUAGAGUUCGUGGGCUGGAAUCUGCAGAGAGCUACUUCCAGAAUUUGGGGGGCCGAGCUAAGCUUGCCAAGAUCUAUGGUGCUCUUCUAAAUUGUUAUGUUAGAGAAGGUCUUGUUGAGAAGUCCCUUAACCAUAUGCAAAAGAUGAAGGAAUUGGGUUUUGCUUCCUCUCCUCUCAACUACAACGACCUCAUGUGUCUCUACACAAAUACUGGGCAGCUAGAAAAAGUUCUUGAUGUGCUUUCAGAGAUGAAGGAGAAUGGUGUCUCUCCUGACAAUUUUAGCUACAGAAUUUGCAUGAACUCUUGUGCAGCAAGAUCUGAUCUUAGUGGUGUGGAGAAAAUUCUUGAAGAAAUGGAUAACCAACCUCAUAUCUCUGUGGAUUGGAUUACUUAUUCCACAGUAGCCAACAUCUACAUAAAAGCAGGUUUAAAAGAGAGGGCACUUGUCUACCUGAAGAAAUGUGAAGAAAAGGUGACUAAAGAUGCACUAGGCUACAAUCAUUUGGUUUCACUUUAUGCAAGUCUUGGCAAUAAAGAUGAGAUGAUGAGGUUGUGGGGUCUUGCAAAAGCCAAGUGUAAGAAGCAAGUCAACAGAGAUUAUAUAACCAUGCUGGGUUCUCUAGUCAAGCUUGGGGAGCUUGAAGAAGCUGAGAAAUUGCUACAAGAGUGGGAGUCAUCUUGCCAGUGUUAUGAUUUCAGAGUUCCGAAUGUCCUCCUUAUUGGGUAUUGUCAGAAGGGAUUAGUUGAAAAGGCUGAAGCGAUGCUUCGAGAUAUAGUGAAAAAACAGAAGACUGCAACUCCAAAUAGUUGGUCUAUAAUUGCAUCAGGAUAUAUGGAUAAGCAGAAUAUGGAAAAAGCUUUUCAAUGCAUGAAAGAAGCACUAACUUUACAGGCAGAAAAUAAAGGGUGGAGGCCCAAACCUACACUGAUUUCUAGCAUAUUGAGUUGGCUUGCUGAUAAUGGGGAUGCUGAAGACGUAGAAGCAUUUGUGAGCUCAUUGGAGAAUAAGGUUCCAAAAGAUAGGGAACUUUAUCAUACUCUAGUUAAGGCCUAUGUCAGAGGUGGCAAACAGGUCAAUGGUCUUUUGGAGAGCAUGAAGGCUGAUAAAAUAGAUGUAGAUGAGGAAACAAAGACGAUUCUUAGCUUAAGACAGCAAGAAUGUUGAAUGAUUCAAUUGCUUUAAGAGGUUAUUUUUCUUUGUUAUGGCAAACUAACUCGAAGUUUAUUGCUCAUGUGGAUUGUGGUGUUAGACAUGUUGCCAAUGCCAGCAAUUUUUAUGCACAAAGUCAACUAAGCACUCCAAAAUCUUUUUCCA